UCAGACCAAUCAAAAGCGAGAAGUUAGAAGUAGUGUGUGCGAUCCGGAACUUUGACUGACAAGCCGUUUUGUCACACAACAUUUCUUAAAGGUUCCGAACUUGUGAGCAGUAUUUCCGAGGCGAAGUGUUCAGUCGCGGGCGAUGUUUUGAUGUCCCAGCAAGAUGUUGGAUGGCUUUCUGAUGGAGACAUGUGUGGACUCAGUCGAGUCGGCCAUAAAUGCAGAAAGGGGAGGUGCUGGUCGUAUUGAACUCUGUUGUAACUUGCUGGAGGGAGGAACGACGCCCAGCACAGGUCUGUUGCAGGUCGUCAAAGAGAACGUGAAGAUUCCAGUGUAUGUUAUGAUUCGUCCUCGUGGUGGCGAUUUCCUGUAUUCAGACUGUGAGCUUGAGGUGAUGAAGAGAGACAUUGAGCAGAUGAAGAAUCAUGAGGCAGAUGGACUAGUAUUUGGAGCGCUGACAGAAGACGGACAUGUGGAUUCUGAGCUUUGCAUGGAACUUCUGGCAGCAUCUCGUCCUCUGCCAGUUACAUUUCACAGAGCAUUUGAUAUGGUCCAUGAUCCAGUGGUUGCACUGGAAACGCUGGUCUCCCUGGGAUUUGAAAGGAUAUUGACCAGUGGUUGUGACAGCUCUGCACUGGAAGGUUUACCUGUAAUUAAAAGACUUGUGGAACAGGCAAAAGGCAGAAUAAUCAUAAUGCCAGGAGGUGGAAUCACUGAACGGAAUCUUCAGAGGAUUCUUGAAGGUUCUGGGGUGCAAGAGUUCCAUUGUUCGGCUCGCUCCAGUAGAGACUCCACUAUGAAAUACAGGCGGACCGUUAAAGAAAGCAACACGCACCUCUCCUGUAAAUCCUCUAAAAUUCAACCAAUCAGAUGACGACUUCGAAUGUGCUGAAGUGUUUCCAGGAAGGUGUGCCUUGUCAUCAGACAUUUAGCCAACAGUCCGUGGGAGUGACGUCUGAGGCUGAGACUAUAGAGGGGACUGCUGACAUUGUAGUGUGGGGGAUGUCAUACUUUGAAUGAUUUUGUUUGUUUGUGUAUUUUUUAUGUUGUGUAUUGAUUGUGUGUUUCCCUCUACUGAAAUGUUGUAAACAUGAAUUACGUGAUUAGUGUGUCAGAGG